GGACUCUGAAUCCAGCGAUCCGAGUUCAAAUCUCGGUGGGACCUUUGUGUGUUUUUUUUUUAUUGUUACAGGUCAAAAUUAAACACCUUUUGCUAACAGAUUACGUAAUGUUUUCAGCUCAUUUUGUAAUAAAAAAUUUGUUAAAUACGUUGUUUAGAAUUGUGAUAAAUAAAUAUGUUGAAAAUUUAUAAAUUGAAGUGAUGUGGUCGUGAGAUGGCAGCAUUAUUUAUAUAUAUAGUAUAACAGAGUGGUUAAGACAAAAUUUAAAAAUAAUUUUUUUAUAUAUGGAUAUAUAUUAAAUAAAAUAUGGAAGAUUCGUCAAAGGAUACGGCCGAUAGUUUACAAAAUAAUCCUAUUAUUUUUCUGGAUAUAGCAAUUGAAUCAGAAAAAGAAUAUUAAAAAUAAUUUAUAUGGUACUGUAAUACAGUUGGAAGAAUUGUGAUAGAACUUUUUAAAGAUGUUGUACCUCGAACAUCAGAGAAUUUUCGUGCAUUAUGUACUGGAGAAAAAGGCAUUGGAAUCAAUGGUAAAAAGUUACAUUACAAAGGAUCAAUAUUCCAUAAAGUGUUACCACAGUUUAUGAUCCAAGGUGGAGAUAUAAUAAAUUUUGAUGGAACAAGUGGAGAAAGUAUAUACGGUGCUCAGUUUGAGGAUGAAAAUUUUAAACUUUGUCACUCUUCAGGAGGACUCCUUAGCAUGGUUAAUGAAGGUUAUCCAAACAGCAACAGUUCUCAGUUUAUUAUUACCAUUUCAGCUAGCACUCAUUUAGAUGGAACCAAUGUAGUAUUUGGAAAAGUUUUGAAAGGAAUGGGUGUAAUAUUAGAGAUUUCUCAAGUUGAAACAAUGAAAGAUGCACCAGUUCGGAAAGUACAUAUAAUGGAUUGUGGUGAAUUAAAACAAGGUCAGGACUGGGGACUAAAUGAGAGUGACGGAACAGAAGAUAUUUUUACUCCAUGGCCUGAAGAUUGGGAUUAUUGUGCAGAUAUUAAAGGACUUGAUUACAAGUAUAUGAUACAGGUUAUUAUGAAGAUAAAAGAUUCGGGAAAUCAUUAUUUUUUACAAAAACAUUAUGUAGAUGCAGGCAGGAAAUAUAAGAAAGCAUUACGCUACUACAAGUGGAUGAUGAGGGCUGUAGAUGUGCCAGAUCCUUCUGAUCAGCUAAUAGUGAAUGUUAAAGUGACACUACUGCUUAAUCUUGCUGCUGUUAAAUUGAAAGAAAAAAACCAUCGUGAUGUUCUAAAAUUGUGUACAGAGGUCUUACAGAUAAAUAAGAACAACAGUAAAGCAUUAUUUCGUAGAAGUCAAGCAUAUAUGGGUUUAAAUGAAUAUGAUUUAGGUUUAGCAGAUUUAAAACAAGCAUUGUUGGAAUCUCCUAAUAACAAGGAUAUUUUACAAGAGAUGGACAAGGUAAAGAAUGUAAUGAAAAAAUAUUUAGCUAUUGAAAGAGCUUCUUGUCAAAGAAUGUUUAAGUAAAAACAAAUAAUUUUAUAAUAAAGUUUGUAAAUAUAAUGAAAUUUUAUAUACAUAUUUUUUUAAUUGAAAUUAAUAUAAAUUAAAAUCAUUUUUACAUAAAAUAGCGAUUAUAUUUAAUAAAUACUGUAAGUUAUUUACAUACUAUAAUGUAUUGCAUACUUUUGUAAAUAUCAUUUGGUAAGAUUUCUAAAACUGUUUAAAAAUCAUUUUUUACACGGAAAAAAAGAGCAU